CCUAUACAGUCGCAUUUAUAAUUUAUUCUAUAUGAAGCAGAUGGAGUAGAGCUUGCGUUUUGCAAUUAACUUUCUGUAGAUCCACUUAUUAUCAUCAGGUUUGUUUUUUGAUUGUCAUACCUGAAUAAUUAAUACGGAAAAAUCCAAAUCAGUAGUCUGCAAUAUUUUUGUUUGUUUCUGCUCACAUAUUCUGUGCUCACUUCGUUUAAGAGGUUCCAUAAAUUAAUUAUUGGGUUAUCGUAACUCAACAUUUUAAUGUAGGCAUGAACAUAGUAUGAGAAUGUCCUGAAAAGUUACUGCAGAUGUACGUUUGAUUUAUUGGUCAGUUAUCUCCAUCACAAUGUGAUGUCUUUUGAGUACUUUUCAACAACCAAAAUUUUUUCUGUCAUCUAUAAUCGGAGAAAUUUUUAAAACCAUAGUCAAUUCAGUGUUAUUGUUAGCUUUAUUCAAACCACUUGAAAACUGGGAGUAAGUUUUCGUAUUUCACACACUUUCGAAGUGUUUUUUCCACACACAUUUAUGCUUCCUACGUAAUUGAUGAAAUAUUCAAACCCUUCAAGUUGUGAAUUUUUGAUAAUUUUAUAUAAUGAUGUUAUUGUUGCCAGAGGCUUGUUAGUAAUAUGAAUUUAAUUGUCUUGUAAAGCGUGAAUUUGGUAAAUGUUUUUGAACUUUAGAUAAUGUUGUUCAUUUUAACGGUGUUGUUCAAUAAUAUGCCGUACUCUUGACUUUGAAAAACGGUCAAGCCAAGCUUUAUAACCUUACGUUAAAUAUGGUACCAAACUAAUACCACUAUGUAUACUUUUAUUAUUUGAAUAUUUCUGAGCUUUUAGCUCAUCACAUUGAAAGACAAAAGUGUAGAUUUAAACAUGUUUGAACGUUAGAUAUUUAUUUUAAUAAGUAAUGAAAUUCUAUAUUGCUUUAAGUUAAAACUGUUUCGUGACCUGUAGAACCCGUGGUAAUGAAAUUUCAUUUACACGGUUCCUAAAGUAAUAUUAUACAUUCCACGUUUUAUUUCUAUUCCUACUGUUCAUGUUCUAGUCUGAAAAUGUUUCUACUAGCAUGCUUUCGUCUAGAUGUUUAGCAAGAUCCAACUGUAUUUACAUUGCAAACACAACGUAUCAUCAAAUAAAUUAAUUUUAUUACAACUUAUAAAUAGGAGUUGUUGGUGCCAAUUACUGAACAGUGUACUGAUAGAAGAUAGACGUUUUGUAAUCAGAAAUUGUUUACUCGGUGGUUAAUUUACUUGGAACUAUAAUUUCAAACCUAAGCAGUAGUUCUUAUAUAUUUCUGAAAAAAUUUAAUUGUCUUGGAGGAUUAAAUUCAAAAUCAAUACAGUCUCGUACAUAAGGUACAAAGUGUAUGAAGUUUAUUACUGUAUCCUAUUAACUAAAUGGCAGGUUCAAGAUAAAUACGUGUGAGCGAUAUAAUAGUUGUCAGAGUACAAUUAGUAAAAUCUGAUCUAAUGGCAUGUUCUUAAUAUCUAUGAUAUUCUAGGUUUAAGCUUCGAAAAAUCACUGGCUGGGUGAGCUCUGACGAAACUUAUCAUAAGGUAUUACUCAAACACAAUAUGACUAGCUAACUGAAAAACUAAAGAUACGAAAAACGAUCCUCUUUGUUUGAGAUUGAAAGUUAAUUUAGAUAAAAGAAGGACAAAUUGACUGAUUUGCGUAGUUUAUUUUCAAUAUUUUGACAUGAAGUUAAUCUGUAAUAUCGACGACCUGCAAAUUAUUUCACUUGAGAUAUAAAUGAUCGAGAGAGAUUAUGAAAAAUUCUUCCAGCUGAACUCACUAUACGGAAAUAAAUAAUCGUAAUUUUAGCAUUUCUAAGUCCAUAUUCAUUGUCGUUGUAUUGAUAAUCGUCUUUCUAUAUUUUAUAUUAACCACAUAAUAUUAUAUCUUUUUGCUCUUACAAUCAUCUUAAAUUAUUUAGAUAAUGUGUACUUAAGUGCAUUAUUAAGACAGUGCUACCGGUUUUUGACUAGUUCUAAUUUUUGAAAAGAGAUAUGACCACUCACAUCUCAAAUCAGUGUUUGGUUUUAUUGACAACAAAUGGUGCUUUAUUAAACUCUGUUUUAUUUGAUUUCAGUUUUCCUAAACGUUUUGUGUUGGAACUGAAUAUUAUCCACCACUCAUGCAUGUGGAGAGAUUAAGACCACAAAUAUUUCGUGAUUAUUAUAAUGUUGGGACGUCUUAUGAUGGUUUUAGUCCAGGAAGUUCUUCUGAAUAUGAUAGAAGUUUGGUUACUUCUCGUGUUUAUGAAAGAACACGGAUACAUACAUUAGCAGGUAAAUCUGAUUUCAUGAUGCUAAGUUAUGUGAAGCGGAGAGGCAGACGGUUCAAAAAAAGACAUUUACAAAGUGGGCAAAUACAUUUCUGAGGAGGGUAGGAAUUGAAAUAUAUGACCUCUUUUUGGAUUUACGUGACGGAAAGAUUUUAUUACAGCUAUUAGAAAUACUUUCUGGAAUUAAAAUGCCUAGUCCGACCUUAGGGAGAAUGAGGAUUCAUUGUUUAGAAAACAUCGACAAAUCCCUCUUCUUUUUAAGCAAUUUCGGAGUUCAUUUAGAAAAUAUAGGGGCACAUGAUAUUGUUGAUGGAAAUGCAAGGAUUACACUUGGACUAUUAUGGAUGAUUAUUCUUCGUUUUCAAAUUCAAGAUAUCAUAUUUUUGGAGAAAGUCGAUCCUCUAGGAAUCAAAAGUGAUGUGCAACGAUAUUCAAAGGAAGCUUUAUUAUUAUGGUGCCAGCUGAAGACUGCAGGUUAUCGGAACGUUGACGUGCAAAAUUUUACAACUAGUUGGCGUGAUGGCUUGGCUUUCAACGCUCUUAUCCACAGGCAUCGUCCAGAUCUGGUCAAUUUUAAUGAAUUGUCAGUAAACACACCACUGCAAAAUUUGGAGUCUGCCUUUAUAGUUGCGGAAAAGAAUUUGGGCAUAUCUAGGCUCUUCGAUCCUGAAGACAUAUAUGUCCAACAGCCAGAUGAAAAAUCUAUUGUUACUUAUGUUGCUACAUAUUAUCAUUACUUUUCAAAAAUAAAGUCGGAAACUGUUCGUGCUCGUCGUUUGGAAAAAUUUAUAACUUACUGGCGUGAUCUCCAGAAUUCUUUCGAUUGGUACGAAAGACGUGCUUCAGAUCUUUUGUCAUGGAUUGCCAAAACAGUAUUGUGGUUGAAUGAUCGUCGUUUUCCCAAUCAAGUUGAGGAAAUUCAACAGAUUAUGGUUUCGUUUAAAGAAUAUCGUCUUCAAGAAAAGUCGGACAAGUUCAAUGAAAAAGGUGAACUUGAAGCUCAUUUUCUUUUAACGCGUACAAAAAUGAGAACACUAGGACUUAGAAAUUAUAUACCAUCCACAGAGGCACAAAUAUCUCAACUCAAUCGUGCAUGGAAUGCCUUAGAGAAAGCUGAGUAUGGACGUGAAAUAGCUUUGAGAGAAGCGCUAGACAAGCAAAAACGUCUACUGCAUUUGUUUUCACGCUACGAAAAGAAAGCAAAUUUGAGAAAAGCUUGGAUUAAUGAUAAUUUUAAAUUGGUUGAGGUAUGUGAUGAUGAUAAGAAUUUAGCAAUGACUGAAGCGUCAUUAAAAAAGUAUGAAGCUCUAAAAGCUGAUAUUUAUGCAUAUUUUGACAGAAUACAGACAAUUCAACAGAUUGCUGAUGAACUCAUUGGUAAUGAUUUUUUUAAGCGAGAUAUUGUUUUAAAAGUCCAAAAAGAAAUUCAAAAUAUGUGGGAUCGACUCUUAAAAGUAAUGAAUGAAAGAUACAAAAUUCUUGAAAAUAGAAAAAACCUGUUUAAAAAGUUUUCAGAAACAGAUUAUCUCAUGGGAUCUAUACAAUCUCUUCUAUCUAAAUUACAAAUCGAUGAAUUUGAUAAUCACUUAGCUGCUAUUGAAGAACGUUUAAAACAAUAUGAAUUAAUAGAAACAGAUAUACGUUCUAUUCAUCGAAAUAUAUCAACCCUUUUUGAAUUAGAAUCUCAAAUUGAAUACACUCCAGAGUUGUUUGGUUUUAAAACUAAUACUGUAGCAAUUGAAAUAAAAAAACAAAAUAAUCUGUUAAAAGAUGCUUAUUCACAACUUGUACAAUUGAUUGAAUCUAAGCAACGGUCUAUAGAAUUUCUAAAACUUUAUCACGGUUCAGAAUAUGAGUUAGAUGAACAAUUAAUUUCAAUAGAAGAACGUAUAUCAUUUUUGCAGAAAAGUGAAGCGUUUGUUGACAAUGGUAAUAUUGAUGUUUUCUUCCGGCGACAUAAAGCGGCUGAAUCUGAAUUAGAAACACAAAGAUUGAUUAUCACUCGACUAUUUGAACGAACUUCCAGUUUAAUUGAAGAAGAAUGUCCAAAUUAUGAAAAUCUAAAAGAAAAGGUGACAAAAGUUGAAAAAGCGUGGGAACAACUCAUAAAUCUAAUGGCUAAACGUAAAACUAAUUUAUUAUUUAUGAAAGAUUUACGUUCUUUUGUGUUAAGUUGUGAUGAUGCAGAUGCAUGGAUAUCGGAAAAAUAUGAACUAAGUUCCAGUGCAAUGCGUCUUGCUAUGCAAACUGACAGUAUUUAUACUAUAGAAAAAUUAACGAAACAACAUCAGGAAACUAUUUCCAGUGUGAAUAACUUCCAGACUACUAUUGAUCAAAUGAAGCUUCAAGCAGACGAGUUAUUAGGAUAUAUAGACUAUUUGUAUACUGUAGCUGAUAAAGAUGUUAAAUCAACAGAACCUAUUUUAGAGGCUACCAUAAAAUCUAAGAAUGAGGUUGGAAAUUUAAUAAAGAAUAGAAUGAAAGGUCUCUUAGAUUCGUUUUCUGUUCUUAGUGGAUGCAUUCGUCAGACACAGUUUCUACUCUUAGACGCUGUAUCACUUCAUCAGUUGUUCCAAAUGGCUUCAUCGACGUAUAACUGGAUUAUUGAGAAGGAAGUUUAUAUCCAGCUGUUAAUAAUGGACGACCUAAAAGAAGAAGAGUUUUCUAAGAUUAUAGAAGGUGAUGUCAGUGCUAACCAAGGGUUAAUUCAAAGAUUAGAAAUUGUUAAAAAUAGAUUUUCUGACUUAGAGGAACAGAUGAGUACAGCAGCUGAGCAAGUGUCUACUGUAAACAUGAUGAUUGCUAAUUUUUUAAAUGAACCAAAAAGAGAUGACCAGUCAUUAGUUAAUAAAGAAAUGACAAUUGAAAAAGUUAUCAAUGUUCAAGAUCAUUUAAAUUCGGCUUGGAAUAGAAUCGCUGAUAUAGUUGAAUCUCAUAGAGACAGAAUAGUUGAAGAAUCAUUUUAUAUUAAUUUAUUCAUUGAAUGUAAAUAUACAUCUGAAUGGAUUACAGAAAAAGAAGCAGUUUUAUUUUCAACAGAUUCCAUUGAUGCUAAUAGUUUAACUGGUUUGGUAGAAUUAAGAAGACGUUUAUUUAAUUUACAAGGAGAUUUAAAAGCAAUUGAAGCACGAGUUCAAAAUAUUGGUGAACGUAUAGGAGAAUUACUUGGUAUGACAGAACAACAAGAAAUUGCAUAUGAUGAACAAGAUAUAAAGUUAAAGUCUAAACGAAGAGCGGAUUAUUUAAUGAAAGAACAUAUGAAACUUACACAGCAGUGGCUUAAUUUAAAAGAAGCACUUAAACAGAGAGUUAAUCGAAUAUCUACUGAAGGUCAAGUGAGUCGUUUUCUUGAAAAACUUGAUUCAUUUCAAGAUUGGAUGAGAAAACUAAAAACUGAUGUAUUUGUCCGUGAAUUUCCAAGUGAUUUACAGGAAACUGAAAAUCGUCUAACAGUUAUAGAACAAAGUGCUCAAGAAAUCAAAGACUAUGAAAAUGAAGCAAAUCAACUAUUUGAUACUGGGAGACAACUGCUUAAAGGUUACUAUGACACACCACAUAUUAUGUUGGGACAACGGUUAGCUGCACUUGAAGAUGAUUGGAAAUCAAUUCAAAGUUCAAUGGUCAAUUGUACUACUCGGCUCCAAGAACGUUAUGCUUUGCAGUGCUUUUUGGCUGAAUCUGCAUUACUUGAAGUGACUUUGGAUCAACAGGCCACAUUUUUGGAUAAAGAAAAUGUAUUAACAAACCUAGAUGCUGUUCGUGAUAUUCAAAAACAAUAUGAAACAUUUAGGUUUUCCUUAUUGGCUUGUAAAGAUCGAGUUGAUGCCGCUUUAGAAUUAGGUAGGAAUAUAGCAGAAAACAAUCCAGCAAAUCGUGAUCGUGCAUUAGCUAAAUGUGAAUUAUUUCAACAAAAAUAUGAAGCCAAUAAAAUUAAAACAGAAGAACGAAUUGAAUAUUUACAAGAAAAGGCACAACUUUAUGAAUUUUAUGAAGAACUGGAAGAUUUUGAAGAUUGGAUUUUAGAUAAAACUAACUGUCUAAUGGAAAUUCAAUUAGCGAUCAGACAACGAUCACAUUUAUCCUUUAGUCGGAUUAAAGCAUUUGAAGACGAAAUUGAAGUGAAUCGAAAUCGCGGUGAUCAUUUUAUUGAGGUCGGUCGUAAACUUACAGAAGUCUAUCCACAUCUUGAAAAUGAUGUAAAAAAUCGUUUGGAACGUUUGCAUACACGUUGGGAAGAACUAAUUGACCUAGUUCGACAUAUUGUAAAUGUAGUUAGUCAAGAUAAUCGAGAAAAGUUAAUGAAAGAGGCAAUUCAUAAAACUGCUACAUGGCUUAAUGUAAUGAAUGUUCAAUUAGAGAAACCAGAUAGUAAAUUACCAGUUGAUCAAAUCGAUAUGACUACAUUACAAACACAAAUAAAAGAACAUAAUAAACGAAUUAAAGAUUAUAUGGAUAGAAAAGCUGUUAUCAAUGUUUUAAAGAGUCAAGUCAAUGAUCCUAAUUUUAGUCAAAAUAAAGAAUUUGCACCAAUUGUCAAUGAUCUUGAGCGUAAACUUUUAGCGCUAGACGAACCACUCAAUCAAAAAUUAACGAAUUUACAACAUUUGGAAACAUCGACUCAACAUUUUGUAGAGUUAACUGUUGAAGGUGCAUGGAUCAGAGAAAAAUCACAACAAGUUGAAAAUUUAUCUAAAACACUAGAACUUGAUCCACAAAAAGCUUAUCAAAUUGGUCAAAGAUUAAUGGUUAUACAUAGAUUGGAAAGACAACUUAAAAGUCAUAUUCUUGAAGCCAAUAAUCGUAGACCUAGAGUUAAAGCUUUAUGUAAAAACAUUGAAAGUGAAUAUUGUGUAGAAGAAGCGAAAACCACCGAUAAAAUACAACAACAAAGAUUUCAACGUCUUACACAAGAACUUUUAGAAUUAUGGAAUAAAUUAGAUAGAAAUUUAACUUGUCUACUUGGGCGAAUAACAAUGUCCGAAUCAGUUUAUCAAUUUUUAUUAGAUGCUAGUGAAUUGGAAUCAUGGAUAUCUGAAGAAGAUUUUUAUUUACAUGGAAUAGAAAUACCAAAGAAUGAGCAAAAUGCAUUAAAUAACUUGAAAAAGCAUCAGAUUCGAUCACAUACAAUUGAACAAUGGCAUGAACGUGUUAAAAAUCAUAAUGAACAAGGUCAAAUAUUAUGCCAACAAUUAAAAAUUCAACAAACAAAAUAUCCUGAUACAAAUAUUUUACAAGAAUCACAAUUUUAUUUAAAAUUAAUUCCAUCAUGUUUGUAUCGUAUAAGUCAUUCAUACAAAAAUCUUCAAAGUAUCGUCAAUAAUGUAGCUUCAAUGUUAGAGGCAAAUGCUAUUAAAUAUAGUUUAAUUCGUGAAGCUGAUGAAUUGGAGGCAUGGAUUAAUAAACGUGUUGCACUGGCUACUAAUAAUGACCUUGGUGUUGAUUUAGAUCAUUGUUGUAAUUUACGAGAUAAAUUCAUGAUAUUCAAUAAAGAAACUGUACAAACAGGUUCACAACUUGUUUCAGAUUUAUCAACUAAAUGUGUGCAUUUAAUUGCAUUAGGCAAAUCAGAUUCCGUGAUAAUUGCAUCAAUUAAAGAUAAUAUCAAUGAAAUAUGGGCUGAAUUAUUGGAAUUAAUCGAAACAAGAAAACAAUUAUUAAAAGCUGCAUUGAAUAUGCAUCGAUUUGUUAAUGAUUGUAGAGAUUUUGAAGAAAGAAUUUGUUAUCGUCUUGACAAUCUACCCGAAGCACCAUCUGAUUCUUUAGCAUCUGGACGAAAACAAGGUCUACCUGGUUUACAACGUAGUCAUAAUUUAUUAGAACAGGAACUUUUAUGUUUUGGUGAUCAAUUGAAACAAUUGGAUUUAACAGCUAAACGAUUACUACCACGUUAUGCUGGUAUACAAGCGGAACAAUUACAAGCACAUCAUGAACGUGUUCAAACAAUAUGGAAACGUUUAUUAAAAGUUAUUGAGAUAAGACGGAAUCUAUUAAAAGAAGCUAGUCGAUUAUAUGACUUUCUAGUCAAUGCUCGUGAAUUAAUUUCAUGGUUAGAACAUGCCAAAGAUUUAAUGGAACACAAAGAAAGACCAAGAGAUAUUUCUGGUGUUGAAUAUUUAAUUGAAGAUCAUAAACAAUUACGGGUGGAAUUAGAAUCACGAAAUCAACGAAUUGAAGAUUGCUUGAAUCUUGGUCGGAUAUUAUUAGCUGAAUUUGCAGCUCAUGAAGAGAAAGCGAUCCUACCAACUAUGAAACCAAGUUUAAUAGCUACACGAACUGAAGUUCGCGAGAGAUGUGUACAAUUAGCAACUGGGCGUAUUUUAUUAAAUGAAUUAUGGCGUGAACGUUGGGAUCGUUUACAUUUAUUAUUAGAAAUACGUCAAUUCGCGCGUGAUGCGAAUAGUGCAGAAAUAUGGUUAAUGGGUAGAGAGUUACAAUUAGAAUCAGCACGUCGUCAAUUAGGUGAAACAUUAGCUGAAACACUAGCUUUACUUGGUGCUCAUUACGCAUUCCAACAAACAUUAGCAACAGCAGAUGAAAGAUUUAAUGCAUUGAAAAGAUUAACUACACUUGAACUAAGAUCAAUGCAAUGGGAUCCACAAGAAGUUAUUAUGAGAGAGAAUGAACAAAGAAAUAAAGUUCGUAACGCUGUCAAAGAAUUUCUUCCUGCUUAUGUUGGACAAACUGAGACUUUGGGAAAAUCAACUUCCAUCUUACCAUCACAUACAAUUGGUGUUUCUUCAUCAAAAAUUCCACUGGUAUCUACUGCUUACAUUCAACAUCCCCCUGUUAAACCACUUAGGAAAUCAAUUGAAGCAACUGAAAUACCAGUUGUACAUCCAAAACCUAGAACAAAAAUUCCAUCAACAUCCGAUAGUAUAGUGACAGCAGUUAAGACAUCACCUCCCAAAACUGUGGAGUCGUACAAGAGUCCUGGGAAGAAAGUUGAACAUCACGAAACUAUAAUGUCCCCGCGACCAGUUAAACGAUUACAUUCAAGACAAAUACCAGAGUCAUCAGUCGUGAUAACCAAGGAAGAAAGUUUAUCUGACAGGGAUAGAUCAGAACCCAUUAGUCAGAAAUCUGAAGAUUCUUCGGAGAAAAUUCCAAUGUACACUGAAAAACCGUCUUCAUAUAAUCGUCAUGUAGAAGAAACCACUGAUGAAAAUGAUAACACUCGUUCACUGGAAACUGUAGAUCAGCCACAUGAACACCAACAAAAACCUAUAAAUCGAAGCCGUUCACUAAGAGUUAGAUCUUCUCAAUCUGACUUGCCAACGACUGAAUCCCCUGCUUCAACAACCAAGUUGAAAUUCUUUGAAAGUGCUGAACAAGAGCCAACUAGGUUAUCACAGGAACCUGAAACAUCGACAAGUGGACAACCAGUUUUACCAAAACUAGAGGGUCCGGUUAUACGAAAGCACGAUUUAGAUUCUGGUGGAUCUUUACAUUCAAAAAGUCAAGGUCGGAGCUGGUUACCUCUUUAUCUGGUUCUUGAUUCAGGUCAACUAUUUGUUUACAAAGAUCAACAAAGUCGUCGGGAAAAACCAAACAUAUACUAUCAUGAUACAUCACCAUUAAGCUUACUGUCAUCAAGAGCUGCUCCUGCUAUAGAUUACACAAAACGACCAUGUGUAUUUCGAUUACGUCUUGGAGAUGGUAGUGAAUAUCUAUUUCAAACUGCAAAUGACAAUGUUCUUAAUCGUUGGGUUACAGCCAUCAAUGAAUCAGCUAAGUGCUUAGCUUCUGAAUUCAGUAAACAUCAAACUGGACAUACUUUAACACUUCCUGUGGGAACUCAUUCUAGAAGUUUUCAAAGUAAUGGUCAUCGUCGUUCUAUUAGGAAUUUUUUCUCUUUACGUCGUAAAUCAUAAUAUGAUUAUCUUAUUAUUCCAAGUAAACAUCGUAACAUAUCAUUAGAUAUUUCAAGUAACUUUUCUUUUCUUCAUCAAACAAUGCAUAAUCAUGAAUUUGUUAUUUUAUUUAUACUUUUUUUUCGAAACAUUUUCGUAAUUUUUUUCUUUUCGAAAAAGAAAAAAGAAAUAAUUUUAUCCUCAAUAUUGUACUAAACACUUGACUAAUUACUUGUAUUAAAUGUGACAAUAAUCAGCAAUCAACAGUACGAUUUUUAAUAUUUCUUUUAAUGAGAUAAUGAAAAUUAAUUCAUCUUUCGUCUCUUUCGUUCUUUUCAUGCAUAAUAAUACUAAUCAUAGUAUUUUAUGAAAUUUUUGUUUUGUAAACUUUAGGACAAUCUAACCUCAGUAACUAAUUAAAUGAGGAUGUUGUCUCUCUCUCUCUCUCUUAAUUUUCAAUUAUUCAUCAUUGGAAAAUACUGAGAUAAUUGACUUUAUAUUAUAAAAUAAAUAAUCUUUUGAGAAUUUCACUAUAUAAUAAAACAGUUCAUCAAUCUUGUAUAAACGUAUUGAAUAAUUUCUCUUUCGAAAAUUUAUUUGAUUCUAUCUUUGCUUGUGAUUUGUUUAUUAUAUAAUAAUAAUAAUAAUAAUAAUACAAUUAUAUUAAUAAUAAUAAUAAUAUGAAUUGUAAUGUGCAUUUGAUGCUUCUAUGUUUCUUGUUUAAUCCAUUAAUAUAAAUUAUAAAUGAAUUUUGGUUCGUAGAUUAGUAAAAUUAAGUUUAUUUCGCUUAUUCCUUUUUCUGUACAUGAUUUAUUGAUACAUUCAGUGAAUUUUCUUUUACUGGUUAAAAUGAAUAAAAACACGUUAAUAACAACAUUCUAUGUUAGUUUCUUUUUUAUUUUGUUAAUAUUGCUAUACUUUUUGAUAUAGUUAUUGAUAAAUUCAAUAUCUUACAUAUUUGUUCUUAUAAAUGAUCGUGUAAUUCUAAUUAUGAAUGAUAUUACAUAGUAGUCAGCUACAACGUAG